GUGCACCAAUGAGAAAGCGGAACGUGAUAUUAGCGGGAUUUUUGUCUCCUCUCUUGUGAUGAUCAGUUUCGCGGGAACUCCAGUGUAGGCGGCUUUAUUCUCAGUUAGUACAGGAUUAAAGCGUCUCAGGAUUUUAUUUUUGAUUUAAAACAAGGCGUCUAGCUGUUCAGGAUGCUGUUUCGAUUUGUUGUCGAUCGAGGAGUGGGGAAAAGAAGAAGUAACGAUAAGCAUGGGGAUUACCCUCUGUCAUCUCUGCUGGAGUGUUUCGGGUGUGCCAGUCAUGAUGAACACGUGUCUUACGGAGACUCGGGCACCGCUGUUCCUCCGUUUGGAUGCACAUUCUCCACAGCUCCCGGGCAGGGCAGCACGCUGGCUGUAGCGAAUGAGGAAGGGAUCGUGAGCCUUUAUAACACUGAGAGACGCAGCACUGUACUGAAAGAAUGGCUGGCGCAUGAUAACGCGGUGUUUGAUAUCGCCUGGGUCCCAGGAGCAAACAGCCUAGUGACAGCGUCAGGUGAUCAGACAGCCCGGCUGUGGGACGUGAUCUCCGGAGAGCUGCUGGGAAGCUUUAAAGGGCAUCAGUGCAGCCUGAAGAGUGUGGCCUUUCCCAAACAGGAGAAAGCUGUUUUCUGCACCGGAGGCAGGGACGGGAACAUCAUGCUGUGGGACAUGAGGUGUAGUAAGAAAGAUGGCUUCUACAGGCAGAUGAAACAGAUAAGUGGAGCUCAUAUGAAGAUGGAGAGAAACACACCGCAAACGAAGAAAAAACGAGUGACAUCCAGAGGAAUGGCUCCUUCUGUGGAUUCUCAGAGAGGCGUGACGGCUGUUCUUUUCCGUGACGAGAACACGCUCAUCUCGUCAGGAGCAGUAGAUGGGACGAUUAAGAUGUGGGAUUUAAGGAAGAGUUACACGGCGUACCAGCAGAACCCCACCCCACUCCAGAUUUAUCAGUACCCAGGAUCCUCCACACGCAAACUAGGUUAUUCAGGCCUGACGUUAGACUCGAUGAGCUCCAGACUGUUCUGCAACUGCACAGAUGACAACAUUUACAUGUUUGAUAUCAGUGGAUUGAAAACUACACCAGCGGCUGUGUUCAGUGGCCAUCGUAACUCCUCGUUCUAUGUGAAGUCCAGCGUGAGUCCAGAUGAUCAGUUCCUGGCCAGUGGGUCGAGCGAUAGCCACGCUUAUAUCUGGAAGAUCUCUGACCCAGAUCAGGCUCCUGUGAUGCUUCAGGGGCACAGCCAGGAAGUGACAUCAGUCACCUGGAGCCCCUCUGAUUUCACAAAGAUCGCGACCUGCUCUGAUGAUAACACCGUGCGGAUCUGGAGGCUCAGCCGCAGUGUAGACAGAGAAUCAUCAGCAGGAGAUUUAAACCUUGUAGGCUGGGCACGCCGCAAAAUCCAGACACCCUCCCGACCAUCUGGCUCCUUCCCUCAGGCUGAUGUAACCCCCGUUCGGAGUGGCAGGUCAGGCAGCGCUGACUCUCUGUUGUCCCCUCAGCCUGGCUCGUGCGCCCCCAGCGGUGCUGACUUCCCUCUUCCAUCUGUCACCUCCUCUCCUGAUACACCCUGCCUGCCCCAGACCAAAACUCCGCUCUCCAUCCCCGUCAUUAACACCCUCGGCUCUGAGAGGCGCGCCAAACGCCGCCUGGACACGAGCGACAAGACGAUGGGGGAAGACGAGAGCGAUGGAGUGUCUGAGCUCUAUCCGGACUGUAAGAGGAGUCGGGAGUCUGGGAGCGCUUUCUGCACAUCAGCAGAGGAAAGAACAGAAGAGAAGGAAGAGAGGAUCAGCUCAUCUACUCAGGCUGAUAAGGAGAACAGCUCGCCACUGAAAGCUGACUGGCUUUCUGCAAUGAGCCGGAAACUGAAACAGUCUCACAGCAGAGCCGCGUUACCUAAAAGCCCUAAUGCAGUGAAGAGACAAGACUCGAGGACACAGUCCCUCUCUGCACUGAGCUCUCCGCAGUCUGGGAAGAAGGCCUCGUCCCCGCAGACGAAGAGAAUUUCCUCUCCAACUUCUAUGAAAAAGAUUUCUGCAUAUUUUCAGAAAACACCACAAGACUGAUCCUUAUGCAUGUUCGCUUUCUUGGGAAAAUCUGACCAAGGCUUGGGAAAAAAACUACACUAAGUUUUUAAAGAACUAUCCAGCACAGCGUUAUACUGUGUGAAUUUUACCCUCCAUCUUUGUCUUUUAGCAAGACAAAUUUUAGAGGGAAUGUUUUUAUGCAAAUGGACAAAUUAUAUUUGAGAAUUAUAUAUAUAUAUAAGACUGUGUAUUUAACUUUACCAUUCCUAAAAUCUACUUGCAAAGCUGUCAUUAACUGAGUGUUCACAAAUGUUGAAUGCAAGUGUAUGAGAUGUGUGUUGUCACCUGUAUUCCUAAAGCAUGCUUUUUGUAUUAUGGGUUUUUUUAUUUGGUUUGUCUUUUUUCUACUUCUUCUUUUAACUGUUGGAUACUGUGUUGGUUUGAACUGGCGAUUAAAUGCAUGCACUCUGUUUGGUAAAGUCUGAACUGUUCCACUGUUAUACUGAGUGUACUGAGACUCAUGACCGUGAAAUACACUAUAUAGCCAAAAGUUUGCAGACACCUGACCAUCACACCCAUAUGUGGUUCUUCCCCAAACUGGUGCCACAAAUUUGGAAGCACACAAUUGUAUAGAAUGUCUUUGUAGGCUAUAACAUUACAAUUUCCCUUCACUGGAACUAAGGGGCACAAACCUGUUCCAGCAUGGCAGUGCCCCUGUGCACAUUGUCAUUAUCACAUGAAGACAUGUUUUGCCAAUGUUGGAGUGGUAGAACUCGAGUGGCCUUUACAGAGCCCUGACCUCAACCCCACUGAACACCUUUGGGAUGAACUGGAACAGUGACUGCCCCCCAGGCCUCCUCACCCAACAUCAGUACCUGACCUCACUCAUGCUGUUGUGGCUGAAUGGACAAAUCCCCACAGUCAUGAUCCAAAAUGUAGUGGAAAACCUUCCCAGAAGAGUGGAGAAUAACAGCAAAUUGGGACUAAAUCAGGAAUGGGAUGUUCAACAAGCACAUGCUGUAUGAAUGUUAUGGUCAGGUGUCCGCAAACUUUUGGCCAUAGAGUGUAUCUCUACAUGAAGCUUUCUUGAAAUGCGACAAUGAGUUUAAAAAAUUUACUAAGUCUAAGUAUAUACAGCAUGUCUUCACAAAUCGCUGGUCUCACUGAUUAAGAACAGUAUGGAACUGUUUGUUUGAUGAUGGUAACCAAAUCGAUCCGAUUGUCUAUGCAUCUGUACAAAUCUUUUAUUCGUGGUGUUUAUUUAGAAAUAUUAUCAAAUGAGUUUCCGGAGAGCGAGACGUGCCACCUGUGCCUGUCAGUCCGAGUGAAAUGGGUGUCACUGCAU